CCAGGUCGUAUUCUGCUUUUAAAAGAAGGAACAGAUUCUUCCCAGGGAACUCCGCAAGUAAUUGGCAAUAUUCAAGCAUGUCGUUCAGUUGCUGAUUCAGUCCGCACAACAUUAGGCCCCAGGGGAAUGGAUAAACUUAUAAUUGAUAAUGGAAAGUCAACGAUUUCCAACGACGGUGCUACAAUACUGAAACUGUUAGAUGUUGUGCACCCUGCCGCACGCUUACUUGUUGAUAUCGCCCGAUCCCAAGAUGCUGAGGUGGGGGAUGGCACCACUAGCGUCACUCUCUUAGCAGCUGAGUUUCUCUCCAAGGUCAAACCCUAUAUAGAGGAGGGCGUACACCCUACUGCAAUUGUCCGAGCGUUCAGGCAAGGAGCAGAAGUAGCGCUUAAACGUCUUGGCGACAUAGCUCGUCGUAUUGAAAAGACUAGUCCAGAGUAG